AUGAAUGAGCAAGUUGCAGAACAGGUGGCACCUCUUGUGCCAGAAAAUUCUAACAGAGAGAAGCCAGCAAGCAAUGUACAAAGGGUGAUACCUGCACCCUUCCCUCAAAGACUGGUCAAACAAAAGAAGGCAGACCAAUACAAGAAGUUCAUGGAGAUACUGCGUCAAAUUCAGUUGAAUAUUCCUUUGAUGGAUGCCUUGAGGGAGAUACCCGGUUAUGCCAAGAUGAUGAAAGAUCUAAUGUCACGGAAGUUUGAUUUUCAGGAUCUAUCCAAUGUAACUCUGAAACAGACCUGCAGCGCAGUGGUGGCAAAACCGAUAGCUCAAAAGGUGUCGGACCCAGGUAGCUUCACUAUUCCAUGCACAAUUGUAAGUUAUGCCUUUGCAAAGGCGUUGUGUGAUUUGGGAGCCAGCAUAAAUCUGAUGUCGCUGGCUGUGUACACCAAACUAGGCAUUGGCAGAGCUAGGCCAACUUCGAUGCUGCUACAGCUGGCUGACCACACAGUGAAGAGGCCCACUGGUAUUCUUGAUGAUGUGUUGGUGCAAGUGGGGAAGUUCGUGUUCCCUGCAGACUUUGUUAUCUUGGAUUGUCAGGUGGAUAAGAGAUACCCCUUAUUUUAG